AUGGCAAGGGCUGAUGAUCGGCUACCGGCGGCGGUCACCGACAGCCGGCGACGAGGAGGGGGGCAGCAGACGGCGGGGAGCAACGAGCGACAAGGAAAGAGAGAGACGGCGGAAGAGGGUCAGGUGAUCAGUUGCCACAGCAUCGAGUCGUGGAGGGAGCAGAUCGCCAAGAGCAACGAACCCGACAAGCUGGUGGUUGUCGAUUUCACUGCUUUAUGGUCUGGACCAUGCCGUACGAUCGAACCAUUCCUAGCUGAGCAGGCCAAGAAAUUCCCUAAUGUUCUGUUUCUGAAAGUUGAUGUUGAUGAGCUGGAGACGGUCGCUCAAGAGUACGCCGUGGAGGCGAUGCCGACUUUCAUGUUUGUGAAGGGAGGACAGAUUGUUGACAGGGUGGAAGGAGCCCAGAAGGAUCAGCUGCAGAUGACUUUAGCUAAGCACAUGGCAACCGCUUCACCUUAAUCAUUAUAUAAAUGCUAUCGACCAAGCAACAUACAAUCUCUCUUUCUUUCUUUUAAGGAGUUGCAUGCAGUGUCCCUUUGAUGUUAUGAGAUUGGUUUGAAUCUGGUUUUCAGUAGACAUGCCUGUCUUCAUUCACUGCGUCGAAUGUCUCGCUGCACCUUACGUC